AUACUUUUAAAAUUAACUCAAAUUGUGGCAGAAUAAACUCAAAUCCGCUGUCAGAUAAUAUUCCGGCUUAGAUAUUGUUGUACACUUUUUUUGUCUUUGUUUUGUACGCUAGCAAUACAAAUUGCCACAAAUGCGUUUUAUUGUUGGAUACAAGAAAAAUUAAAAGCUGCAGAUAAAAAGGCGCAUACGUGCAAAUGCCGAACAGUAGACAUCGUGCAAUGAGCGACCCCAAGCCCGAUAUUGUCGUAAAGACCAAAAGUGGCAAUGUCGUCGGCAGCCAGUGUACGAGUAUCUACGGCGAUGAUUACGUCAGCUUUGAGCGCAUUCCGUACGCGAAACCGCCUCUGGGCUCCCUCAGGUUUAAGGCGCCGCUGCCAGUGGACCCCUGGAAGAAGACUCUGAUAUGCCGUCAGAAGGGCGAGAAGCCGCUGCAAUAUAAUCAGUAUACCAAGGAGCUGCAGGGGGUUGAGAAUUGUCUGUAUCUCAAUGUGUACGUCAAGUCGAUGACUACAGAGAAGCCCUUGCCUCUGAUUGUGUUCUUUUUUGGCGGCGGCUUUGAGAAAGGCGAUCCAACGCGAGAUUUGCAUAGUCCGGAUUAUUUCAUGAUGCGCGAUGUCGUUGUGGUUACGGUUUCAUAUCGUGUGGGCCCUCUGGGCUUUCUAAGUCUCCAAGAUCCAGCAGCAGGUGUGCCUGGCAAUGCAGGCCUGAAGGAUCAGCUGCUGGCAAUGAAGUGGAUCACACGGAAUGCUGCCUGUUUCAAUGCGGAUCCUGCAAAUGUAACCGCAUUUGGUGAAAGUGCCGGUGCUGCCUCGGUUCAUUAUCUAAUGUUGAACCCAGCAGCGGAGGGACUUUUCCAAAAGGCCAUCAUGCAGUCCGGUAAUGCUUUGUGCUCCUGGGCUAUGUGUCCGGUGCCCAAUUUGGCGCGACGUCUCGCUGAAAGUUUGGGCAUGAAGAAAUUGAAUCAGGCCUCGGAUUCGAAGGUGCUGGAGUAUUUGCAAAGUGUGCCCGGUGAAAAUCUGGUGAAACCGUAUCUGCUGAGUGAAGCCGAGAACCUGGACGAUUGUGUCUUUCAAUUCGGUCCUGUCGUCGAGCCUUACAGCACUGAGAGCUGUGUGCUGCCCAAGCAGCCCCUUGAUUUGUUGGACACAGCCUGGGGCAACAACAUCCCAGUUCUGAUGAGUGGCACCUCGUUUGAAGGUCUCCUGAUGUAUGGCCGUGUGCACAUGUCGCCAUAUCUCCUAACCAGCCUCAAGGAUCAGCCAGAACAUCUGUUGCCACUGGAACUAAAACGUUCAUUGCCCCAAGAAAUGGCCCAUCAUCUGGGAAAGCGAUUAAAGGCCUUGCAUUUUGGGGACAAGCCCUUGGAGUUGCAGCAAGAAAGUGUGGUGGCCUAUUGUGAAUACGCCAGUUACAAGGUCUUCUGGCAUCCCAUUAUGCGCACCAUUAAGACACGUCUUCAAUCGUCCUCGGCACCUACAUAUCUUUAUCGAUUUGACUUUGAUUCGUCCACGUUUAAUCAUCAGAGACUCAAAUACUGCGGCGACAAACUGCGUGGCGUUGCUCAUAUUGACGAUCACUCCUAUAUUUGGUACGGCGAUUUUGCCUGGAAACUGGACAAGCACACCGCAGAAUUCCAAACCAUUGAGCGUAUGAUUGAUAUUCUAACUACAUUUGCGGCUACAUCGAAUCCGAACUGCGCUAGCGUCGAAUCAAAAUUACCCAAGGGAACCCAUUGGACGCCUUUGGCCAAGAAAAACAUAAAAUGCUUAAACAUUUCGGAUAGAAUCAAAAUCAUGGAAUUACCCGAGGUCAACAAGUUAAAAGUCUGGGAUAGCAUCUAUAAAGCGAACUCAAAAUAAUGGUACAACAAUAAAAAAAA